AUGGCCAGCAAGGAUGGUGGGCAGGCAUUUGCCCCGGUCCUGGCGGCUGUCGCGACAAUGCAAGGGAAUGUGCCUAGGUCGGAAAAAACCCAGGCCCAUGAAUUCCUGGAGAAAUUCCAGAAAUCGGUGGAGGCUUGGACAACCACCCACGCUCUGUUACAGUCCCCUGAUGUCCCAAUAGAGCCCAAAUUGUUCGCAGCAACCACAUUGAAGGGCAAGAUUAUAUUCGACCUGGACCAACUUCCCCCCGAUUCUGUUAUUGCGCUUCGCGACUCCGUCCUCAAUUUACUGGUGGCCUUUGCGCCGGGCCCGCGACCCAUCCAAACUCAGUUAUGUGUGUGCUUGGCGAGUCUGGCGAUUCAGAUGACCUCGUGGAAAGAUGUUCUCGCCACUGUGGGGUCCGCUCUGGGCAGCAGUGCGGGGGAUUGUGUGCUGGAGUUUUUGAAAAUCCUACCGGAGGAAGUGACUGAGGGACGCAAGAUCAACCUAACUCUGACAACAGCCCAAACAAACCAGGAGGACGAGCUGAUUGAUCGAACCAAAGAGCUGUUGGAAGAUAAUGCGGAACAAGUGAUGCAACUGAUGAUCGGGUAUGCUCAAUCUUCGCCCUCGGCCGCAACCAACCCUCGCCUUUUGGAUUGCAUUACAUCAUGGCUCCGUGAGAUUCCUGCUGCCCGAGUAGUGGAGUCGCCUCUGUUGGAUGUGAUUUUGAAGGCGCUGGACAAUGACGCGUCAUUCGAUUCUGGCGUCGAUUGUCUUUGUACCCUCUACCGAGACACAAAGGACGUCCAUGAGUCGCUCCCUAUUAUUCAAGCUCUUUAUCCCCGACUCAUGGCUCUCCGGCCCAAGAUCGCCGAAACUGCUGAAGCUGAAGACCUAGAUGCCUUCAAGGGUGUUACCAGGAUGUUCGCCGAGGCCGGUGAAGCCUGGGUGCCGCUCAUUGCUCGCGUCCCGAGCGAAUUCCGUGGUCUCGUGGAAGCAGUCCUCGAGUGUUGUGCCCGAGAUUGGGAACGCGAUGCUAUCUCACUCACGUUCAUUUUCUGGUAUGAACUGAAGCAAUCUAUCACUCUUGAACGGUAUGGCGAAGCGCGUGUCAACUUUCAAGAUAUUUUCUCUCAAUUGGUGGAUAUCAUGGUCAAACAUCUUGAAUAUCCCACCCCUGAGGAAGGCGAAACCGAUCUAUUUGGAGGCGAUCGCGAGCAGGAAGAAAAGUUCCGCCAGUUCCGUCACUCCAUGGGCGAUGUGCUGAAGGAUUGUUGCUCCGUCAUCGGUGUGACUGAUUGCCUUGGUAAGAUCUACCAGUUGAUCCAGGAAUGGGUGGGCAAGUACGCAUCACAGGCUAGUGAUGAACACGUCCCACACUGGCAAGAGCUGGAGGCGCCACUCUUCGGGCUCCGGGCCAUGGGUCGUAUGGUGGACCCAGUGGAAAAUGCCGUCCUUGGUCAAUUAGUGCCAUUGAUUGUGCAGAUUCCGAACCAGGAGAAAAUCCGCUUCCAAGCAAUCAUGGCACUUGCUCGGUAUACCGAAUGGACUUCGAUGCACCCCGAAACUCUUGAGGCCCAACUUAAUUAUGUGAUUUCUGGCUUCCAUCAUACCUCGCAGGAAGUCAUUCAAGCAUCUGCUUUGGCAUUCAACCAGCUACAUUCCUUCUUCGAGUCGGUUCUCGAUAAGCUCAAGCCCACCAGCCAGGAAGAAGUAACAGAGGGUGUUGCAGCCGUUGUGUCUGUGCAGCCUCUGAACAAAAUCUACGAAUCAAUGAAGAUGUUCUGUGACCCGAUCAUGCAGCGGAUCAUGACCCUUGCCAACAAUGCCCAGGAUGAAGAAGGUCAGCGGGCAGUUGCCGAUCACCUAGGACUGAUCUCGAUAUUCGUGCAAGUUGUGACUCCAAUUGUCGCACCAGGUGAAGAGAACCCUGCAGUGAAGUACUGCGGUGAGAUCCUGCCCAUAAUGACCACGAUUGUUAUGAAUUUUACAUCUUCCACUCCCAUUUUGGAGCGUGUUUGCCGUUGCUGGCGAAACAUGAUUCUUUCAUACCGGACUGCUAUGAUUCCUCUUCUCCCCACGCUGGCCCAAAGCAUUGCCAGUGGAUUUGAGGCAUCUCGUGAAGGUGGCUUCCUGUGGGCUACUGAUGCAGUAGUUCGCGAAUUCUCCCACGGUGCCGAGUAUGUUGACGAAGCAACGAGUGAUGCCGUCUACCAAUUUUACGAGCAACAAGCCACCGCAUUCCUCCGCAUCUUGAAUGAUCUCCCUCCGGAGAACCUCCCCGAUGUUAUCGAGGAUUUCUUCCGGCUAUCAUCAGAUGCCGUUCGCUAUUAUCCCAAGAAAUGCAUCAGUUCCCCGCUAGCUGUUCCCAUAUUUUCUGCUGCCCUCAGUGCCCUUACUCUUCAGCAGGUGGAGCCCAUCAUUGCCACUCUCCACUAUUAUCGAGACUUGUUCAGCUUCGCGUUUGAGAAGCCAUUGGUAUCCGAAUUCACCAGCCCGGAUGAUAAGCCCUAUAUCAACCCACCUGAGGUCCGCGAAGCUGUCAAGAGCCUGCUUGCCUCACAGGGGCAGCUUCUGUCUCAGCGAGUGUUGGCAGGCAUGAUCUUCACUUUCCCCGGCGACUGCUUUCCAGAUGCAUCAGCCAUCAUGAUGACCAUGUUUGAGCUGCUUCCUCAGGAAACCGGGGCAUGGCUCCAGAACACGUUGCAGAUGCUACCGCCGGGUUCCAUGAAAGCGUCGGAGGCCGAGCGGCUUCUGAAAAAUGUUUCGGACAGAGUUCAAGCUCGUGACAUCCGCAAAAUCCGCAUAUUGCUCCAAGAUUUCACCAACUCGUACCGUCGUCGGAAUGUGGCACCUCGUGAUGGACUGGGUCGUCUCGAGGCAACUCGGUUCCGAUUCAGUGGAUGA